GCCAAUCCUGGCACCCGGAUUCGCGGGUUGCAAUUUGGAUAAAUUGCAUAGCUCCGCACCCAGAGUUUUGACAACCUGAGAACUCGCGGAGAGGACAUGGGUGGCGAAAAGAAGCAGCUAUCGCGAGUCGAAGGCAUCAUGACCCUCGCCUCCGAGGGCCAGGUGUCGUGGCUGGGGAUAUAAAGAAGGUUACUAGCCCAGGAGCGCCCUUUGCCACGAAACAUAUCUUCAACCUGCACCAGACGACUACGUCAGAUAUUCCAGAGACAUCACCUACGGUACCUACCCAAGCUUCUCCACCAUCUAGUCGAAGUAGACACCACAUCACAAACACACAACAAACACAACAAUGGGCAUCCUUUCUCACCUUGCUCUCGUCCUCACAGCGGCCUCGGCCGUGGCCGCCGAAGCCGCUACUCCGGGCUCGCCGCCCCAGAUCACUAGCAUCACUUACUCGGGCAACGGCUGCCAGAGGGACCCCAAGUUUUCGGGGAGCUUCAACGACCCGACAGUCACCUUCUAUAACUUCGCGGCCUCCCUGCCCGGCGCCAACCAAACAGUCAACUGCCAGGUCCACCUGCAGGCCAAGGGGGCAUCCCCGGGCUGGCAGGUAGCCCUCAAAUCCAACGUCAUCAAGGGCCACGUCGUGCUGGGGCCGGGCACCACGCUGACGCACUACACGACUGUGUUUUUCAGCCAGGACGCAGCCAAGCUGGACACUGUUUCAGGCUCCAUCUCCAACAAUGGCGAGAAAACGUACAACGAGGGCGUCACGCUCGUCGCCAAGGCCGACGCCAGCAAGGUGUGGUCACCGUGCACGGGCAGCGACGGCUACACGGGCAUCAUGAACAUCAACUUCCGGGGCUCCCUGACUGGCGAGGGCAAGGCGUACUUUGAAGCGAAUACCGAGGCGUGGGAUGUCGAAUGGAGGCGGUGCUGAGGGCCCUGCGGGGAUGGGGCUCGGAAGUGUUGUGAUUUUUGGCAGUAGAGUGCGGUUCCCUCGAGAAAAAGAAAGGAGCUCUAAAAGAGGUUUGGGAAUGGAGUUGGUCUGUGUAUAUCUUCGUUGUUCAAUCCACCUUAACCCCUCCACUGACAGCUGAUUCUGGUGUUUCUUCUGGUCACAUCGCCUGGAGCAUGAAUGCCGAAAAUGAAGCAAGUGUGUUAGUGUGGGUCUGAUUCUGUUACUUAUCAAUGAUGGCUGGUGUUGAACUUUGGGUUGAUGUGCAUGACUGAAACUUGACGUACAGGACUCAAAAGCUGAAGAAGGCCGGGUUUGGCUGGCCCUCUGGUGUGCUUUCCUGACAGUGAGCCUGGCU